AGAAACUGGUUUGCAUCCAAGAAUCACGACCGAUCGAUUUCGUUCUCGGGGAUUCUCCCGCUCAGCUCAGCGGAUCAUCAGUUUGUGCGUUGUUGACACUCUCCCACGAUUGAUUACCUGAUUUGGAUAAACCCAGCGACCCAGACGACGACAAACCGGUCGGACGUACGGUCGACCGCUACUAGUCGUCCGUUGUGUCGCGUUUUGCCUCCAGUCGGGACUGGAGAGUACGGUGGUGUUGAUUGUGUACAUUCUCAGCUGCUAAUUGAUUUUAGCCGAACAUUGGCUUUGUUCUAGAAGUAGUAUGAGGACGAUGAUUCGGUUGGUGUUUGUGUUGAUUGGGUUUUGCUGCGUAACAAAUGGACAAACUCAAUAUCGAGGCCGCUGUAGUACACCGGUUGGAGAGCCAGGAACGUGCGUCCUAGUAGCAGAAUGCGACUUCAUUCGGCGAGUAUUGGCUAAGCCUAUCCUGGACAAGAAUGACAUUCGCUACAUCGAAUCCAGUCGAUGUGGAACCUACGAUCGAAAGGCUUUGGUGUGUUGUGCUCAACAAAGUGGAUCCGUUCCGAGCCCCGGCAGCACCAAUAGUAAUCCCGGUAACAGUAAUAGCAACAAUGUUGACAACCGGAUUGGUUCCGGUUUAUCGCUGAGUGAUCGACGGAAAUUGUUACCUCAACCACCGGAUUGUGGCGUUCAGUACGAUGAUCGAAUCGUCGGUGGGGAACGUACCAGCAUAUCGGCUUACCCCUGGAUCGCACGAAUUCAACAUGUCGAUCAGCGAAAUAACUACGCGUUCCAUUGUGGGGGUUCACUUAUCAAUAAACGAUACGUGCUGACGGCGGCCCAUUGUCUAGCCGGUAUUCCCCGAGGUUGGACUAUAACUGCCGUCCGUCUAGGUGAAUGGGACAUCGCUACAAAUCCGGACUGCGAGGAUGAUGAGUGUUACGAUGCCGUCCAAGAUAUCGGAGUUGAAAAACUGAUUGUCCACGAAAAUUUCAUCAAUCAACGCACCGAAGUGCACAAUGAUAUUGGCCUUCUGCGGUUGGCUGCGCCGGCCCGAUACUCUGAAACUGUUACUCCCAUCUGCGUUCCCCUGGAUGGCAAUUUUGAAGACCGACCCGCGGAUGGAGCUAGGUUGUUCGUGGCUGGGUGGGGUCAAACUGAAACUGAUUUAGGCAGCCGCUUCAAACUGCACGUUUCCGUUCCGAAGGUCACUAUACAGCAUUGCCGGAGUAAAUAUCCGGCAGCCAAUAUUGACGAUCGACAGAUCUGUGCCGGCGGUCAAGCUGGCAAGGACUCCUGUAAGGGAGACUCAGGCGGCCCGUUAAUGGAAAUUAUGCCACCCACUAGACAACAACCGCAACCAGCAUUCUUCGUGAUGGGUGUAGUGAGCUACGGCCGACAGUGUGGAUUAGAGAAUGUUCCUGGGGUUUAUACAAAGAUCAGCCGGUUCGGUGAUUGGAUUCUAAAUCAUAUUGAGCCAUAAAUGAUGUUUCGUUUUUAAAAGUAUGACUGUCAACAAGAGUAAAUGGAUAUCUGUGAUUUUCAAGCCAUAAUAAAAAUACACGCUCAUUAUAUCCCGCUA